AUGGAAGAGCACACACAGCUCAAUGAGUGCUUCAAUAAAUACAUUGAUGUGAAAAAGAAAACAGACGAUAAGAGAAGAGAGCUGCAGGGCCUGCAGAGAAGAAGAGAUGCCCUGCUGGAUCUGCUUGUGUUUAUAAAAGGACAGAAGCCUCCAAAGUACACAGAGCUGGAAAACGAAAGCACUUUCCCCAUUGUUCUCGGAAAAGCUCACUCAAAGUUCAGCCUGACUUCAAUAGGCGUGCUUCCUCCAGAGGAGUACACAACCUUCUACAACAGCAUGUACAUAUACCCCAUCGGAUUCAAGUCAAAAAGAAAGUACGCCAGUCCUCAGAAGGAAGAGCAGAAGCUAACGUACUUUUGCCAAAUACGCUCGGUCAAUGGAGAGUGCAUAUUUGAAAUUAGAGCAACAGGAGGCAAGCACUGGGCAGGACCAAAAGAGGAAGUUUGGGGCAUUUUCUCAAAAGAGUUCGAAAGAAUAUCGUUUGCAGACAUAGAGAGCUUUUUUGGCAUAGCAAAUGAAACAGUCCAAAAAAUGGUGGAGGAAAUGGGAGACAUAUCGCCAUUUUCAACGUACGUUCCUCUGCGCAUGAGAACCAGAAAAGCCAAAAAACAAAAGAAAGAGGAGUAG